UCGGUUGACGGCAUUUGGUAUCACCUUGAGCCGAUUGACGGUGGUGGUGGGCAAUUGGUGUGGAGGAAUGACCAAUUGUAUCAUUGUUGGAAGCUCCACUCCGAUUGCGGACAAGAACCACCACCGUCUGAAUCUCUCUGGUUGGAAACCUAGUCAAGCGUGGCUGUGUGUCAGCGAGAUGACAUGAUCGUUUGGCUAUCGGGCAAGACUCACCUUGACAAGAUGUUUUCCCACGACUGAUUGAGCGAGCGAUGCGUUUCUGGAUCUGAAUCGAGGACGCCACUGUGAACAACAUCUCUGCCAGCCCAAAAUGCGCUGGUUUUGAGGAGAUUCUUUCUUCCCCAAGGGCAGAACCAGCCAUCGUCGCUAUUUUCUCGCACUGAUGGCUCCCAAGCUAAAGUCACCACCCAGGUGAUGAAGUGGAUCCAGAGCACCCACAAGGCCCUUGGUCUGCAGGAAUGGAUGAGCACCACACCAAGUCCCAAGAUCCCUGGGGUGGCUUCCUUCCUGCGAUACAUUCGCCAUGUGUUCGAUGGAGACAUGCUGGAGAAACAGCUGCACUUCAGCCUGACCCGGCGACGGCGAUUCAAGCGACUCGAUCUCUACGGCAAGCGACAGCGCACCGUCCACGAGAUGUGCAAGCAAGUCAUCGACCAGGCACCAAAGGAGACCGAAGUGGUGAUUGCCUUUGGGAAUGCAUCCUGGAAACAGGGGAAGGGAUAUACUUCCAGUCCCAGGAGACUCAGGUUUGCCAAGUAUUUCGAGCAGUUCCACCACCACCAGAGAGGCCCACCAGACCGAUCCGUCUCCAAGAUCCAUGUGUGCUCGGUGAACGAGUUCAACACGUCCCAGGUGUACUCACAUUGCCGGGAAUUCAAGCGACUUGAGUCACCCGAGUAUCUUGAUAUCGAGAAACCACAUUAUGUACGGAGCUGUGCAAGCUGCCAUACGCUGUGGGGUCGAGACAUCAAUGCAGCCAGGAACAUGAUCUCGGUAUGCCAGUCGAUCAUCGCCACAGGAGAUCGGCCGGGUGUAUUCAAGACCAUGCUCCCGAAACCAACCAAAACAAAGAGAUUGCCAACGAAGACAGGAGUGCAAUGCCAUGGCCUACCCGCUGGGCCUACAAGUCAGUCAGCGGGCUUCAGAAGCCAGAAAGGGGAAGUGUCCCGUUUCUUUCUGGAUAGACUUGCAUGUAGUAUGAGAUGGCUUGCGUCAAGCAAUGCGAUAAGAAACAGAUCACUUUGGCAGCCCCCGAGUGGAGACCACCGGUCGCUUCCCGGUCAUGGCCAGCGCGCGAUGGUAUUGAGAUACAAAUUAUUCGGUCAAUGGUCUAAAAUCCAGGGUGUCUCGUUUCACUGUAAUAGACACCUGGCUUUGUCUACUGCGAGUCCCACGGUCCAUUGUCUUUGUCCAAGACGACCAACAUUCACGCUGAUAGCCAACUGGGCUGUGGGAUCACUUACCGAUCCGCGAAUGGCAGGAAUGGUAUCGCUCGGCCAACAAUGCCGCCCGCAUCUCCAUGACUUUGUUUGAGCGCCUCCCAAUCAUCCACCCAACUCCGAGCCCGCAUCACUCCUUUUUCCCCUCAAUAGACAGCACCAAGAUACAAC